GGGACACAGGCGAAGGGUGAGCAUUUCACUAUUUGUAGCUUGUUGUCUGCAUUCUGACUGGGCUCGCUUGGAUUCUGUUCACCAUGCCAACAGUGGUGGUGAUGGCCGUGUCCCUCUCCAUGACUUGGCCUGUGUCAGUCGAGGGGUCUGAGGAAUACCAGCGGAAGCACCUUGCAGCCCAUGGGUUGACAAUGCUGUUUGAGCACAUGGCCACAAACUACAAGCUUGAAUUCACAGCAUUAGUGGUUUUCUCAUCGCUUUGGGAGCUGAUGGUCCCCUUCACAAGAGAUUAUAACACCCUGCAGGAAGCACUGAGUAACAUGGACGAUUACGACAAGACAUGCCUAGAGUCCGCACUGGUUGGUGUCUGUAACAUUGUUCAGCAAGAAUGGGGCGGUCCGAUCCCUUGCCAGGUCGUUCUGGUGACGGACGGCUGUCUCGACAUUGGUAGAGGGUCCCUGCGACAUUCCCUAGCGACACACAAUCAAAGGAGCGACAGCAACAGGUUCCCGCUGCCUUUCCCUUUCCCGUCUAAGUUAUACAUCAUGUGCAUGGCAAACCUGGAAGAGCUUCAGAGCACCGAUUCCCUGGAAUGCCUUGAACGUCUCAUAGACCUCAACAACGGUGAAGGGCAAAUUUUUACUAUUGAUGGCCCCCUGUGCUUGAAAAACGUGCAGUCUAUGUUUGGAAAGCUGAUAGACCUGGCAUAUACGCCUUUCCAUGCUGUGCUCAAGUGUGGCCACCUGACCGCUGACGUCCAGGUCUUCCCCAGGCCAGAGCCAUUCAUUGUAGAUGAAGAAAUCGAUCCUAUCCCAAAAGUCAUUAACACAGUGUGCCAAUGAGUCAGGCCUGACCCUGAAUGUGCCAUGCAAUGUAUGAAGCCCGGAGGCAGGCCUGCUGGACAUGCUGGUGAUGAACCUGGUUCCUGCCUACCAGAGAGGCGAUCUCUUCUGUAUUGGAAACUUCCUCCACAAUUAUAGACAGUGGGGGACAAUGGAGCAAGUGCUGGCUAUUGUGUUCAAAAAGUACAGAUUCCCGGGCGCUAACUCCGAGGAAGAUGAACAAGUAAAGAACAGCCUUUGUUCCAUCUUCACCAUGUGGAUGGACUGCUAUCCUGCUGAUUUUCGAGAGCCCUAGAACCGACACCCGGAGAAAGAAC